AAAUAACUCUUUAUUCAGAAUUAAUAAAGUGAAAUAGAAAGUCAACUAAGCUCUACAAACAGAUUAAAACUGAGUUCCUCAAAGUCAAACCCAUAAUUCUGUACAUUCUUUCUUUCUGCAUUUCUUUUCAGCUUCUCAAAUUAACAAUGGCGUCUACUUCAUCUGCUAAAACAAGGUAUGAUGUUUUUCUUAGUUUUAGAGGCCCUGAUACCCGUCAUAAUUUCACCAGCCAUCUUCAUCAGAAACUGGUCGACAAAAAUAUUCAAACUUUCAUAGACAAUAGGCUCGAUAGAGGUGAAAAGAUUGAAUCAUCGCUCAUGAAAGUGAUCGAAGAGUCUGAGCUUUCAGUAAUUGUCUUCUCAGAAGGGUAUGCAGCUUCGCCAUGGUGUUUGGAUGAACUGGUCAAAAUUAUUGAGUGCAGAGAACUGAUGGGUCGGACUGUUCUGCCAAUUUUCUACAAUGUUGAUCCAUCUCAUGUUCAACAACUGAUGGGAACAUUCGGAGAUGGGUUUAAGAAGCUUGAAGCAGAGCAUAGCCAUAGUAUGGAUAAAUGGAGAGACGCCUUGACGGAGGCCGCCACUCUUUCAGGUUGGGAUUCAAACAAUCACAGGCCGGAUUCCAAAUUAGUUGAAGUAGUUGUAAAAGACAUAAUGAAUAAAGUCUCUCCUGCCUCCUAUAGUAUCUGCAGUGAUUUGGUUGGGAUUGACUCGCAUAUUCGGCAGAUUUUACCAUUACUCUGCAUGGAGUCGAUAGAUGUUCGUGUUCUUGGGAUUUGGGGAAUGGGUGGUAUAGGGAAGACAACCAUUGCUGAAGCUCUUGUUAGUCAAAUAUCUAACCAAUAUGAUGGCUGUUGCUUUCUUAGCAAUGUUAGGGAAGAGUCAUCGAAAAGUGGAUUAAUUCAUCUUAGAAAAUGUUUGUUUUCGAAGAUUUUGGGUGAUGAUAUUUUGAGUAUAGAAAUGUCUCGUGUGCUUCCCACUUUUGUUAUGAAUAGACUUAGAAAAAAGAAGGUCAUUGUUGUUCUUGAUGAUGUAAAUGACUCUGAACAAUUAGAGGUUCUAGCUGGAAAUCGUAAUUGGUUUGGUCCAGGAAGCCGAGUUAUCGUGACAAGUAGAGAUAAACAAGUACUUCAAAAUAUUGCUGACAGUAUAUACGAGGUUAAAGGAUUAGAUGACAUUGAUGCGCAACUACUGUUGAUUAUGAAGGCUUUCAAAGCUGAGCAGCCUCCAAAGGUUUAUACAAAUUUGAUAGAAAGGGCUGUCAAUUACUCUAAAGGUGUUCCGUUAGCUCUUAAAGUGUUGGGCUCCCAUCUAUGCAAAAGGUCACCAAGCGAGUGGGAAUCCUUAUUGGACAAACUGAAACAAUCUCCUGACAAGGAAAUUCAGAAAAUCCAGAAAAUCCUAGAGGUAAGUUAUGAUGAACUAGAAAAUGAGGUGAAGAAUAUAUUUCUGGACAUAGCUUGUUUCUUUAAGGGUUCAAGCAGAUGUUGGGUGGAAAAUAUACUAAAUGGCUGUGGUUUCAGUUCAAGCUGGGGAAUAAUGUGCCUGAUUGAUCAGUGUCUAUUAACUGUUGGAUCCUACAAUACGUUGGAAAUGCACGAUCUAAUACAGGAAAUGGGUCGACAUAUUGCCCAAAGAGAAGGCAGUAGAUUGGUGAAUUCUAAGGUCAUUUGUCAAAUGUUAGCAAAUACAAAGGGGAAGGAAUCAGUACAAGGCAUAUGUUUGGACAUGUCAAAAGUCGACAAGAUUUGCUUGCAUCCAAAAGCCUUCUCACGGAUGCCAAACGUAAGGUUGCUCAAAUUUUAUAGACACCCUUAUGAUAGAGAAAGGGAACAAAAGCCCGUCUUCAUGCUUGAAUCUGGUCAAUCCGAGUAUCUUAAGUAUCUCCCUAGCAUGCUAAGUCUUAUCCACUGGGAAGAAUAUCCUUACAAGUCUUUGCCAUCAAAAAUUUCUGUAGAGAACCUUAUUGAACUUAAUAUGCCAAACAGCAAUAUCACAAACCUUUGGGAUGGAGACAAGUGUCCUCAAAAUUUGAAGAAGUUGGAUCUUUCUAAGUGCAAACAACUAAUGAGACUCCCUAAUCUGUCUUCAGCUACAAGAUUGAAUGAAAUAGACCUUUUUUUAUGUGAAAGUUUGGUUGAGAUUGACUCAUCCAUAAAGCUCCUUUAUAAUCUUACCAAUCUCUGUCUACAUGGGUGCAAGAAGCUGAAGACUCUUCCAGAGAUUCCCCCAAACAUUCAACGGUUUGAUAUAAGCCAGACUGGAGUGGAAGAAUGGUCCCCCUUAAUUCAAUAUCUUAACGAACUUGAGUACUUCGAUAUGUAUGAUUGCACAAACAUUACAAGUCUUCCAAUCAAGCUCUAUUUGAGUUGCAUUUCUGAUGAAGAUCCCUCACGACUUGAUCUUAGUGGCUGCCAAAAUCUUCAUAAGCUUCCAGAGAUAGAAGGAAACAUAGAAAAAUUGGAUUUAAGUAAGACUGCAAUAGGAGAAUUGCCAUCUUCAAUUGGAUAUAUCUCACCAUCACUUGUUUCUUUGAUCAUGGUAGACUGUAAAAGUCUCGAGACUCUCCCAGAUAGCAUUUUGGAAUACCUUUACUUGCUUAAACUCAGAGGCUGCUCAAAUUUUUCCAAAUUGCCUCCGCUAUAUGGUUUGUGCUGUUUAAGAAAGCUUGAUCUUAGUGGCUGCUCAAAACUUGACGAAUUGCCUCCGCUAUAUGGUUUGUGCUCUUUAGAAAAGCUUGAUCUUAGUGGCUGCUCAAAACUUGAGGCAUUGCCGCCUCUACAAGGUUUGGAUUCUUUAGGGAAGCUAAGGCUCGAUGGGACUUCACUAGUAGAGAUCCCGAGUGACAUUGUCUCUUUAUUAUCAUUAAAGAUAUUGAGUCUAGAGAACUGCAAGAGACUACAGAGUUUGCCUAAGCUUCCACAGCAGCUAAGACAACUCCAAGUUGAAAAUUGUACAUCUUUGGGAACUGUAGAAUCAUCUUAUCAUACUGUGUCCACAGUUUUAACUUAUUAUCACCGGUUCAAUUAUUGUAAUUGCCUGAGCUUGGACGACAAUGCUCUUUCCAAUAUUCUAGCAGAUGCAUGGCUGCUUUUGAAAAAAUUAGCCAUUGCUUUUACAAAUGCUAAGAAGCACUUCGGGGUUUCUUAUGAAGCUUGUAUACCGGGAAGUGAAAUACCAGAGUGGUACAGCUAUCAAAGCCAAGGAUCUUUAAUAGCAACAGUGUUCCCUCUUUUUAGCUUUACCUCUAUGUUCCUUGGUUUUGCUUUUUCUUUUGUUCUUGAGGAACAAUUGAACUCUGUCUCUUCCAACUGGCUGUCUUUUAGAUGCCAUUGCCUCUUCGAAAAUGCUAAUGGUGAAGAACAUUCGUACUUCAGUAAAUGCAAGGAUCAUGUUUAUGCUGUGCCUGAAUCAGAACAUGUGUUCCUUUGGUAUGACAUAAAUUGUGAUUCUGGUAAAAACAAAUGGCUCAUAGAAAAUGGUUUCAGUGUCAUCGAAGCUUCAUUUGAGUUCCGUGUUUUUAGUGGAACGGGAAUCGACAGGAGAGAAUUAAAGGUGAAAAAGUGUGGGUUGCACCUAAUAUAUGAUGAUUAUGUGCAGAAAGAAUGGAAUAGUAGCAGAAUAACCAACAAAAAAAGAUGGAUUAUAAGCGAUGAAGAGGACCCACUCCCUAAAAGAAUGAAAGGAAAGAAUGCUGCUAUACUCUCUUCAACCUCCUCGCAUAAUUCAGAACAUGAUAUGAAGGCAAAUGAAGAUGAAAAUGAAUUCGACUCAAUGGAUGAUGAAGACGAAGAAGAUGCAAAUGAGCUAGAUUUGGAAUCGGAAGAGAGCUAUGAAGAUGAGGAUGAAGUAGACGAAUGGAAUAAUGAACUUCAGUCAGAUGAGCUAGAAUUUGAUUCUGAAUUCGAAGAUGAAGACGAAGAGGAGUGCGACGAAGAAGAAGGAGAUAGUGAUUAGUGUUUAGAAAUGUAUACAUUAAUAUGUGCAUCAGUAUAUGUGUGCUACAAAUAGUAUUUUACUGUGGUAUCUCAUAUUUUUUAAAGUUAAUUUAUUAUUUAAUCUAAUAAGUUUGGGGUUUGACACCUCGC